GAUAUGUUAAGGCCUUCUUCUCCCGAGACUUGGGCAUUUUUUGCAUUUAGUGCCCAGGAAGCGUAGCUUCCUUCUUUGUUCCUCCGCCAAACAAGCCCCCGAACCCUUUGCUCGAUCGUGAACACCCACCAAUCUCAACACGGCAAACAUGGAGGGUCUCCGCAUUGGUACUUUUCCCGGGGAGCUCGGGCGGGCAGCAGUCGCAACUCGUGAGUUCACAGUCGGCGAACUCGUGUUGGUUGACCAGCCCUUGCUCACAGUCAAGGCCGAGCGCACCCCAAGCUCGGAAUCCGCCCUACUUGCAAAACUCCAAAGCAUCUUGGCGGAAGCUAGAGAGGAAAUCGGAAGCCAUGCGCCGGAGGGGGCUGUUGUGCCAUUGGAGCUGCAGGCAAAUAUUGUAGCUGCUUAUGCAGGAGGGUUAGAUGAUGCCGAAAGGGAACUUGUGCAGACACAUUUUGCUACGCCACCAUCGGAUGAAGAGCACGAAGUCGUCAUACAGAUUUUGUCGACUGUAGCAUCCGUCAUCAAGCAGCAUACAUUGAGCGAGUUAGAAGGAAUCUCGACAGAAGAAUUGACGAAACUGCUAUUGGUUUUCGCUACUAAUGCGCACGAAUACGUUGAAGACGGGGUCCUUCAUAUUGCUUUGUAUGAUGUCGGAUCGAAGUUGGCACAUUCAUGUGCGCCCAAGACAGUCUAUGUAGGUGAUGGGCAACUCCUGAAACACUACGCCUUGCAAGUGAUUCAAAAAGGCGAUAUGGUCACGACGAACUAUAUCAUCCGUGAUGACAUCCGUGCUUGCUGGCCAACGCAUCUUCGACAGCAGAAGCUACUUGCGACGAAGUUCUUCCAUUGCCGGUGUGAACGAUGUCUUGCAUCCGAUGACUUUAGGUUGUUGAAAUGCCCCGGUUGCUCGGAAUCAACGUUGCUGCUCCAUCCGCAACAGGGAACAUGGAUAUGUCAACAUUCACCCUGCUCGAUAUCUAUACCCCACCCUUCUUCGGCCUCGGGAGCCACGCUACCUAGGCACAAAAAUGAGCCACCAUUGUCUCAGUCACUCAAAGAAGUUCUCCGCUUCGAGCAAUCCCUUGAGCUUUCCGUAACCACUGCCACCCAUGAAGUUGAGUCAGCUCAUUCACAACAAACGGGAAAGACAUCCUCGGGCGCACUCCAAAAACUGUUCAUUAUCAACGCAACAGCAAAUCAAACACUCGGGACAAAUCACUGGAUCACAGCCUGGUCGUCCGCCUACUGCGCCAUGCGCGCCGAGCACCUCCUGCGCGACCGUACACGGGCAGCCGAGUUGGCAUGGAACUGGGUGACGUGGAGUGAGAAGCGGAUAAAAUCCGUGUUCCCGCAUUUGUUUGCGCGGCACCUCGGAAGUUUCGGAAGUCUGUCCGUUGGAGCUGACUUUGAGAAAAGAUCGGGGAUUGCACGGAUGUGGAGGGAGGUGGAGCCGUGGAUGAAAGAAAUCUUCUUGGGAGAGAUGGGCGUGAAGAAAGUGAGGGCACUUGGCCAGCAGGUGCGCGCGUUAAGGGAGCAGGACAUUCAAGCGGAAGUACAGGCACCAGCAAGGCCGGAUCAGGCGGAUUGGCUGCCAGAUGCAUUGAGGCUACAAGCAUCAGCGGGCGGCCAGAAAGCGAAAUCUAGAAGGAAACGGAAUCGCUGAGACUGACGCCGCCGUUGACGGCUGAUAAGCGUCGCCAAAUGUAUGGCAGCGCUUCGGCGUAUUUGGACAUGUUGUUGCGAGAACUCGCUCCCAAUCUGUCAUCGUCAAUUACUAGAUCUCAGAUAUAGUAGGGAGAUUUAUGAAAGAGGCGGAAGCACUUUGUCGACACUGCCCAUCAUAUACGGAGCGUACCCUUGACAUGAAUAGAAAUGACUAGAUACUGACCAAGUCUGAACCGCCGCCUUCGAGGUCCAACAAAGUUGCGUCCUCCGUGCGA